GAAGCGAAGGCGCUGCGGGGAAAAUUAAAAUGUCUGCUCCGAAAACCAUUCCGAAAGACGCUCAGGUGAUGAUCCAGAUCCUGAAGGACAUGGGGAUCACAGAGUAUGAGCCCAGAGUCAUCAACCAGAUGCUGGAGUUCACCUACAGAUAUGUGACGACCAUCAUAGAGGACGCCAAAAUUUAUGCCACACACGCCAAGAAGUCCACUGUGGACGCAGACGACAUCAAACUGGCGAUCCAGUGCCGCAUGGACCAGUCAUUCACCUCGCCACCACCGCGAGACUUCUUGUUGGAAGUUGCGAGGCAGAAGAACCAGACUCCUCUUCCUCUGAUCAAACCCUACACCGGACCUCGACUUCCUCCAGACCGCUACUGUCUGACCGCCCCCAACUACAGACUCAAGUCCAUACAGAAGAAGGUGUCGUCGUCAGCCGGCAGGAUAUCUGUGCCUCGCCUCAGUGUCGGCGCCGUCUCCAGCCGACCGUCCACGCCGACGCUCGGAACUCCGUCUGUCCAGUCCGUCACCACCAAAGUCGGAGCUCCGGUGUCUCUGACGGGUCAGAGGUUCACCGUGCAGAUCCCUCCACCCUCCCAGACGGCCACCCCCAAGACCACGACGCCGUCCACGCCGGCCGUCUCCAACGUCCUCAUCAACCCGUCUCUGAUUGGCUCCAAAAACAUCCUCAUCACCACCAAUAUGGUGUCACAGAACACGGGCGGGGAGUCACUGAAGAGGAAGCACGAGGACGACGACGACUACGAUGCUUUAUGACGGCGAGACUGAAGACGCCGCCUCUUUUUAAAUUAACGUUUUUCAUAAUCCUGAAAAAUAAACAGUAAACAUAAAAGACUGACCCCUGACACUGUUCUCACUAGAAACUUUACAUCAGGGCUCAUCCAGAACAACAGUGUGUUAGUUUAACUUUUCUAGAACAUGUUAACCGGAGGCCUCCACCUGUUCACACUGGGAACUCACCAGUAACACCAGUAACACCAGUAACACCAGUAACACCAGUCUGCUGCAGGGGCUGGACUGUGGAGCACAGAAACCUGCUCUGAUGUGAUUUACAAUAAACUGCUAUAAAAUGAAAACGAGCUGCGUCUGUUUGUAAAAGGAAACUCUACGUUACCAUGGUGAUGUUUGUUUGUUUG